UAAUUCGAAUGGUUCUGUAUCAGGAAAUACAGUGCCUCCUGAGCUGCGUUUGCCUCUUUGUGUGCGCACACGGCGGAAGGAAGAGGUGAGUGAGUGAGACAGCUGCAGUUUGAACCCGCACAGAAGCCCUAAAAUAAGGAAUUUAACGCAGUAACUGGGCCUUAAGCAUCACAAGCGGAACGAGAUGAUGCCACCGCAACUACUGUGAGAGGUCAGAACCUUAGAGGCACGGAUGGCCCCAAGCGCUUUCACUGGUGAGGGCUCAUGUACCUUCCACCUCAGUGCACACUGAGUUGCUUCAUAUAUUCCAGCACAGCUAAAGCUUUCAAAUGCAAAGUGGAGAGGGUGUGCCAGCUACGUCGCUGCCACUAACAGAGUCUGGGGGUUCAGUGCACUGAGGCACAUAAUUAAAUAAACCAUCAGUUCGAAAGAUGCUGAAUGUGAGAGGCGAGGUGUGUCCGCCUCAGCAGCGCUUACUAUUGGCCUAGGAAUGGCGGUGCGGUCCUGACUGACAGCUGGAUAGGCGGGAUUACAGGUGAACGGAGUGGCUGGAAAAGGGUGGACAUCGGCAAGGAGUCUGGAAAAAGAGUAACACCUGAGACUGGAUGUUUGGUAACACCUGGAAAAGGCAUUUAGCCAAACCAGUAAAGCCUGACCAGUCAAGCGGCAUUCUGUCAGAACCAGGAUUGAAAGUACAACUUCUUCAAGCCAUAAGGUGCAGAAUUGAAAGUGAAGGUACAUUGAGCAGGUUGGGUGAUAACAAUGCUCAAACAAUCAAAAAGGGGCCAGAAAUGAAAUAAAGAUUAGAACUGUCUGACAAAAACUGGAUAAAGAUUUCCUAAAAAAAAUAACAAGAAGGAAGAUCAUGACGAAUAAGCUUUGUAACUGUUCAUCCUCCAAAAAGCACCAGUUUCCAUAAUAAUUUGUUACUGUCAUGUGUCGUCUUGCCUUUCCACAAAACAUGCUAUCCAUAUCUUCACUGGAUUUAUUGUUUUCUCUCUGAACAUGCUGUAGUUCCCCCUGUAGGAACAGAACUACCACACUAAGUUCAUCUCUUCCUGGAAAUGCCACAUAAUUUAUCAGAAGAUAAAUCCUUCAGUUCUCAACAUGAACUCCUCCAUUGCAAUGGAUCUGCUGAGAAGACUGAAAUCUUGAGCCCAGAUGAAUCCUGCAGUGAGACAUUUCAGAAUGGGAUACUGUACAAUGAUAACUGUGAACCCCUUGACCAUUCUCCGUCAGAAAAAAAUGCACUACACAGUGAAAAUGGCACUUGUGAAAUUGGUUUUGUACCAUCAGAAAGCGAAGAAAGUCUUUGUGGAUGGGGGGCCUUUACACCCAACUGUUUGCAAGUAUUUAACACAUCAAAAGGGGUCCUUCUCUUCCUUUCCGUUGCUUCUUUCUUGCAAGGAAUGAUUGUGAAUGGAUUUAUAAACACUGUUGUCACCUCCAUUGAGCGACAGUUCAAUUUGACCAGCUACUAUGCCGGAUUAAUUGCCAGCUCCUAUGACAUUGCAGCUUGUGUUUGUUUGAUAUUUGUCAGUUACUUUGGUGGCCAUGGUCACAAGCCACGGUGGCUGGGUUUUGGAGUUCUUAUUAUGGCUUUGGGUUCCUUCGUGUUUGCACUGCCUCAUUUUAUUUCCAGCCGUUAUGAAGUGACUCUUACAGAAGAAACUGGUGUGUGCCAUUCCAAUGCAACAUCUUCUGGUAAUGAAAGGAUAUCCAGCUUAUCUCAUUAUAGGUUCAUCUUCAUGUUGGGGCAGUUCCUCCAUGGUGUUGGAGCAACACCUCUGUACACCCUGGGUGUAACAUUCUUAGAUGAAAGUGUAAAAUCCAACUACUCCCCAGUGUAUAUUGCUACUUUUUACACCAUGUCAAUAAUUGGACCUGCUGCUGGGUAUCUACUAGGAGGUUUCUUUCUGACUAUAUUUACAGAAAUUGGACAGAAGACGCAUCUUACUCCUGACAACCCACUCUGGGUCGGUGCCUGGUGGAUUGGAUUUCUCGGCACCUCAGCUGCAGCAUUCCUCACAUCUAUCCCCAUACUUGGUUAUCCUCGGAAACUUCCAGGAUCUCAGCGAUAUAUGGAAAUGAGGGUCUCUGAAGCUCACCAAAUGAAGGGGAACAAGACAACCUUAGAACCAGAUUUUGGAAAAACCAUCAAAGAUAUGCCUAGGUCUGUCCUUCUUCUCCUUAAAAAUCCUACCUUUGUCUUCCUCUGUCUGUCAGGUGCAACAGAGGCUAUGCUGAUUGCUGGGAUGUCAACCUUUGGUCCUAAAUUCAUGGAGUCUCAGUUCAGUUUAAGUGCCUCAGAAGCAGCUACCCUAUUUGGCUACCUUGUCGUGCCUGCUGGUGGAGGUGGCACUUUUCUGGGUGGAUUCAUUGUGAAAAAAAUGAAGCUUCGUUGCAGUGGAAUAAUCCGGUUUUGUUUGAUCUGCAUUGUCUGCAGCCUGUCAUCCAUCUUCAUCUUCCUCAUCCAUUGUCCUAAUUUACCUAUAGCUGGUGUCUCAACGUCAUACAACAACAGCAUUACUUUGGAUACCUCUAUAAACCUCACUGCAUCUUGCAAUGUGGAAUGUCACUGCAAACAAGAAAUCUACCACCCAGUCUGUGGGGCAAAUGGCAUCAUGUACUUUUCCGCCUGCCAUGCUGGCUGCCAAGGAACAAACGUGUCGCUAACAGCUGCAGGAUCAAAGGUGCACCAUGACUGUGGGUGUAUUUUCGAAAACUUCACUGUUACUGCCGGCCAUGCAGUGUCUGGAAAAUGUCCUUCCCAGUGCCAGCAUAAAGCUAUCUUCUUGACAUUUGUAUUCACCAUCAUCUUUUUCACUUUCCUAUGCACUAUUCCUGCACUGACUGCAACACUGAGAUGUGUGCCUGACUGCCAGCGCUCAUUUGCACUUGGAAUUCAGUGGAUUGUGGUACGAACAUUAGGUAGCAUUCCUGGACCAAUUGCCUUUGGAUCGCUGAUUGACCUCUCGUGCCUGCUGUGGCAGAACUCAAACGGAGUCCGCGGCUCCUGCUUGAUCUACCAGAACUUGGACAUGAGUCGCUACACUCUAGCUGCUGGGCUAAUUUACAAGGCACUCGGGGCCAUGUUCUUCCUGUUGGCAUAUCUGCUCUACAGGCCUCCACCUGACUCACCAGAAACCAACUCUGUCCUGGAUCCUGGUGGAAAAGCACUUCCCUUGCCUGAAGAAGUACCUACCAAUUCGUAAUUCCUCUUAUGCCUUGUAUCCACAGCCACUGCAUCAUUCUACUAACCUUCAUGGGGUACUUUUCAUUCCAUUAGGUUAUCUAACAUUCUAGUAAUGUUCACAUUAAGUUUACAUCUGUGUACUCAUCCUUUUCAUGUGUCUUGUCUUGGAUGCACAUCUGGCAGUUUUGCACCAGUAUAAAACGUAUUACAAGGCAACAAUGAUGCACUUUGAUUGAAGCACUUGGACACUCUUUUAAAGAAUGUUGGUAAUACGGACAAAUAGAAACAUAAACUUUGAUUUGUCUGCCUUCCUGCAACAAACAUCUGGUUAAUGAUAACUCAAGAUCUAUGGAUGAAGUGCAUUAAAUACAAGGAUCAUUCAUUUCAUGGAACAUAACAUUCUAGUGAACACAGACUCCCAUUUUGAGAAAUAAAUGAUACAUUCUUACAAGACAGAAUCAAGUAACUCACUGUAAUAAGUCUACCAGGUGCAAAAAAGAAGUUAUAAGUAGGCUACAAAAUAUAGAGAGAGUAUAGCUUAAUCACUGAUUGUUUUGGAAUAAAUAUUAAUUAUUCCACCUUGUUUCCCAUGAAGCAACAUAUAGUAGACAUAGCCGAUGCCGUGUUUGGCAUAACUAAUACAGUCUUCCUCAUUGAAAUACUUCUCUGACCGUUCACAGCACCGAGAUAUUGAAAGAAAGCAGUGACAUUCAAAAACAUGCCAAGAUUACGAUGUCUUCAGAAGACUGAGAAAUCAUCGCAUGGGAGAUGUUUAAUGCUCCAUCCUUUUCUCAAAGAGUGUGCAUUACCUAAAUAAGGCAUUCAGUAAACCAGUAUGGGCUUUUCUGGCUUCUGCUACAAACACGGUGGAAUUAAAUUAAUUUCUGAUACUUUACUGGAACAUGAGAUAAAAACAGUGAUGCUCAACAGAAGUUUGAAUAAGUACAAUUGGCAUUUUGGAAAUAUUAUAAUGAAAACAGAGACAUAGCUCAAAUUAUUAAUGUCCUGUCACAAAGGGUCUGUGGCUGGCAGUUUGUGGAUGACUGCAAAGACCUAGCAGUCAUAAAUUCCUUAUUAUAUUUCCAAAUUCAAUAGGAGGGUCUAACAAGCACCAAUACAUGGUGCCUAGAACAUGUCCAUAAACUUAAUGCCAAGAAAUGCAGCACUGUGUCCUUUAGCAAACUAAGGCACCCAUUCACCUGAGACCUGACAGGUGAUACUCCCUUGAAUGCUGACUGAUGUCUUUAAAGUCCAAGAAAGUCAUUACCCCUCUUCACUCCUCCAUCAUUAGGCCUGUAAUAGAGUUUACUGACCACUUUCACAUAUACACAACUAAGUAUAUAACUCAACUUGAGUGAUUGCAACAUUUUCUCACAAAAACAAUCAAAGGUAUAUGUUUUUAGUUGUGCUGAUCAUGUCAAUGUAUCCUCUGUCUUUUCUAUUUCCUAUAGACUCAAGAGUGAACCUCUGUCUGACCUACAGAGCCUUAUAGUCUGAUGUUACCUUCUGCACAUCCAGAAAACAAAUAACUGUGUAAACAUCUGCUCAGGAAAUCAUAAUUUCCACCAAAAUGUAAAUAGGACCUACUAAUGAGAUAGAUGCCUCUCCAGAGAAUCACUAUUUUAUGGAAUACAUUUAACGUUAAUGUAAAACAAAGCAGCACCUGGAAUAUACUUAACGUUAAUGUAAAACAAAGCAGCACCUUGACCCUCUGUAAGUGCAACCUGGAGGUUUGUUUAGGCAAUCAUAAAUUCACCUCAGGCUUCGGUUCAUUAAGCCUUUAAUGAAAGGGUUUAAAGUUAAGUAUUAAAUGCACCCCAGGUCUGCCUUUCAAGCACUCACUGAAGUGGAUUAUAAAUGGGUAUUAAUUAUUCCUGUCUAUGGGUAUUCACGAUAUGAGAUCUUGUGGCUCGGCUGUAAAUAUUCCUGCAGAUCAACAGCCUAAUAUUAAACUUUGGACCUGUGAAUGUAUGAACAGAGGUCUCUGCAGUGGGAACAUUUACUUAGUCACAACUGCAAGAGGCCUCAGAUCUGGUUAUGUUAAGCAGAAGGUAUAUGAGGCACAGCCCUGUAUGAGGGGCCUCAGAUCUGGUUAUGUUAAGUAGAGGGUAUAUGAGACACAGCCCUGUAUGCAGGAUGUGACGUCACGGCUUUGGCCUCAAUCCCUGCAGUUUUGAAUUUUUCCAAAUGCCAUUUCAGAGAUGUCGCUUGAAAUGCCAUUUCACAAAUUUUCUUAAAGGAUGUAAUCUAAAGCCCAUUGCAGGAUGUACUCUUACUGAGACAUGGUCUGAUUAUAUAAUAAUGUACGGUAAGCAUUGUGCUUCCAUUAAAGAAGAAAGUACUGCAGGGAUUUA